AUGUCUAGUAACAUAAGCACAAGUCCUACAAUCAAUGACAGUGGAUAUGCUUAUAAACACUUUAAAGAAACCGGCAGGAGUCGCGUUUCAGAUAAUGAACCGAUAAAAUCAUGGGAUUUGGACCCACCUAAUGGCGAUUAUGAAUCUAAGUAUUAUCCUUCUGUGAGAGACGAGCAUGAUUUGUACCAAAAUCCUGGAAAUAUAACUCCUCAAAAUGAUUUCAUCAACGACCCACUGACAGCUGAUUAUAGUUCUCUAAACAGAAAUGACGAUUACUAUGCCUAUACAAAUUCAGGAGAAACUGAAGCCCUUCAUACACGCUACAGUGAUGAAUAUAAGUCGUAUGAACACUUUGAUGAGGAAGACCUAAUUAUGCCUCGUUCACAGAUGGAAUUACCUAAUGAUCAAAUGUUAUUGAAUUCCACCUACGAGAGCAAUUAUCAGCCCUACGAACUAGAACCAACAAUAAAUUAUAAACCUGAUGAGUUUUAUUCACCUCCACAAGAGCCAAUGGAUACACAGACUAGUUACCGUAUAGAUUAUCCACCACGUUGCCCACAAACUGGGAGGAGCUACAAACCUAUUGAAAUUUAUGUACCGCCCCUAGUACCGAUGUUAAAUAAGACAAGUUAUCAAACGGAAUAUCAAAAUCCUCCACCAUCACCGAGAGAAAUUCCUUUUAGAAUGAAAGACAAUGAAACAUUUCCGACUGGUAGAUUUCAGAGUGAAACCACUUAUAUUAAAGACUAUCAGACUAAAAGGUGUGAACCCGUACAUUGUUUCAGACCCUACAGAGAAUAUCAGGCACCCAAAGAGCCUAUGUCUGACAAGACAUCCUAUCAAAUGGAAUACACUCCUCACCCUCUAUCGAAACCAAAUUCGUAUGCUCCAAAUUAUGUUUACCAUCAACCCGAACAACCAUUUCAUAAGAACACAAGUUAUUCUGAAGAAUUUCAGCCAUAUACAGCUCCAAAAACUGAAAGUUUCAAACCUGUAUUCGAAUAUCGAAAGCCCAAAACGAAGAUAGAAGACACUACCGCUUACCGUUCAGACUACAGGCAGUGGCGUACUGAAAAAGGCUACCCAUACUAUCCAAAAGAUAAUCUCUGCCUACCUCAAGGAAAGAGUGACAUGACAACCAGCUACAUGCAAGAGUUUCAACCAAGAUACUCACAAAGGGUACAAGCUAUCAAACCUAAGGAAAACAAGUGGCGUAGUGAUGAAGCCCUAUCUACCCAAACCUCUUAUCUCACCGACUUUCGUCCACUCACACCACAACCUUCAAUGUCAUAUAAACCUAUAGAAAUCUACAAGUCACCAAGUCUGCCAAUUGUUACUCACUCUUCUUAUACAGAAGACUAUGUACCUAGGUGUGCAAAGAAAAGAGAACCUGUUUUGCCUAUACCAAAUUUAAAAACCUCUAAAUUACCUAUGGAGAAGAACACCUCAUAUUCAGAAGAAUUUCAGUAUCGUAAGGCUAAAAAGCCGGAGAAUCUAAAGCCUACCUAUCAGUACACACAUCCAAAGAUACCAUUUUCUGGGAAGACCAGUUAUCAGAUUGAAUUUCCUCCACCUCCUAGGAAGCAUAAACAUAACCAAAGUUGUCCUCCUCAUACACGAUACUCAUACAUUCACCCUACUACUAAGAUGGAUACGACAACUUCUUACACUCAUGAUUUUAAGCCUAUACAUAAUCCCACUAAGCUUCGGCCUAUCUUGAAGCAAGAUAACACAAAAAUCAAUAAGUUACUAGACCAUAAUUUAAAAACAAGUUAUUCAAUUGACUAUGCGAAUCCUUAUCAAUCAGAUCCAAACCCAUCUAAGAGUAGAAAAGAACAUGUUCAACAGAGUCAAAUGUUCCACACUAAACCAAAUAGCUCAGGGGAUAGUUUGCCAAAAAUAAACGUGCACAGCUCUCAUCGUACAAUGCCCAAAAACAAUCUAUAUAUGCAUUAUGAAGAUAAAAUCGAUAACCAUUAUUUAAAGACAACUUAUCAACAAGAAUACUCAAAGCUACCGCCAAUUCAGCAAGCAGCAAGUUCAAAUCAAUUUCGACCACAAGACUAUUAUAUUCCACCAAAAAUCAAAAUGUCAAAUAAAACAACCUAUUCAAGUGAUUUUAAAUGGCCUCAUGAAUUUAUGACAUGUACCGGAGGAAGAGAACUAGAUGAUUUUACACAAUUAAGUAGACCACAUAGAUAUGCUAACAAUAAUAUAAGCAGUCAUGAUCAAUAUUUUAACAACACUGAACUCACAUAUACUCAGUUGUCUAAUAGAACUAAAACAAUAACACACAAGACAUUGCCUAAUAACUCCGCAAAUAUUAAUGAUGGUAGUAACACGACCAGUGGUAACAGUCAUAAUAAUAAUAAUAAUAUUUGUGGUGGUGGUGGUGGUAAUAACAAUAAUGAAAGCGCUUUAGGUAAAUUUAUGAAUCUAAUGUCCAAAAAUACGACAGACUGAUACAUUCAUAAGUAAUUAUCAUCAUUAUCAACCAGUUCACAAGAAAAUAUCUACUUAGUAUAUGAAAACACUAGGCAUUUUAAAAGUCGAUUGUAUUACCCAUAGAAUAUUUUAUAAACAUAAGAAGAACAAACUGUAAACUAUAGCGCACAACAUCUACAUAUUUUUUUAAUUUACAAGAUCUUAUCUAUUCCAUAAUAUAAUUUUAAAUUUUCACUUCUUUCCCACCUAAGUUCAGUUUUGCAUAUUUUUAUAAAUUCUCUGUUAUAAGAAUUCAGAAUGUGUAUGUAUGCGUGUUAUGUUUGAU